AUGGCGCAAAAACGCGUGCAUUCAGAUUCUGCAGCGGCAUUGCCUGAAGUCUUCCACUCUGCCAAGAUUGACGAGCAAACAUCCUCGUUCAUUGGUGCUUUCUCCCCUACAUGGCGCAAGCCUUCUCGUCAGCAAUCGUUGACACCUUCCAAGCCCCUGUUCGACACCGGCCACGACGAUGACGGCGAGUCAUGGGCAGGUGGCCGGCUGGCGCGUGUUUUGAACGACACGCAGGCGUCUGGUACCGUCGUUGUUGCGCGCUGGUACGGAGGCCAAAACAUUGGUCCAAUAAGAUUCACGCAUAUUGAGAGUUGUGCAAAAGACGCGAUCUGGAAAUGGAAGGUUGCUGUAUCGGAUGUGGGCAAGGAGGAGGCGAGCAAGAAGCAGAAGGUUCAUGAUGAGACGGAGAGGAAGAAUCUGAUUGAAGAGCUAACGCAGAGAGAUUGCAACAUUGUAGCAUUGAGGAAGUUGUUGGCUGAGAAGAAGGCGAAGUUGAGUGGCGAGGAGAUUGCGCCGUCCACACCGCAGAAGGCGACUGGGUAUGGGGUUAUGGGGUUGGAUGUGCUGAAGAGGCUAGACAAAGCAAGAGAUGCGACGAUUGCUGCGAUUCUGAAACAGAUGGACAAGGUAGACGAAGAUCUGAAGUUGUUGGACGGGUUAGACGACGAUGCGCUUGAUGAGUUGGACGAUGAGGAAAGCCAAUCAUAA